AUGUUGCGAGCCAUCCUUCUCACGGCCCUCUUCGGCGCCGCCAUGGCCUUCGUGGCGCCGAACGUGGGAACCGACGCACGCACCGCACGACCGAGCCAGGCGAGUGCCAGCUUCGGUGCAGUGCCCGCCAGCAGCGAGGCCAGCACGACGUGCUCCUCCCUGUUUUUGGGCGUCAGCGUGGGCUACGCCGCCGCCGCGGUGGGCGCAGCCAUGCGCCAGGGCCGCACGGCACGGAUGGCCGAGAAGGCUGCAGUGGCCAGGACCCCAGUGGCCUACCCCAUCUUCACCUUCCGUUGGUUGGCCGUCCAUGCCUUGGUGAUUCCCACCGUCUUCUUCCUUGGCGCGAUCAGCUCCAUGCAGUUCAUCCAGCGCUGA